AUGGUCUACGACAGUCUGCUCCUUUACUUCAUCAAUUAUCUUCUCUCGGACCUGGCUGCCUUGAGAACGGCUUCAUCGGUCUGUCAAUCUUGCCUCAACUCUGGCAAAAGUCACUUUAAAGUGAACUCACGUCAAGACAGUCGUCCAGCCUCCUCGGGGCAGGACUCACAAAGGCGCGGGACACAACUGAGUGAGACGAAUCUGGCACAUAAGGCACGGUAUGGUACAGGGACAGGAGGGGAUGCGACACUUCGAGACGGGUUGGGCAUGGACGAAUGUCACUUGAUUUGCAGUCAGAGUACACGGUCGAUCGUCCGAUUGGGGCAGAUGCAACCUCUCGCCUCUUGUCAAGUGAUGAAUUCAACUUCACUCUCGAAGCCAUUUAGUGUCCUGAUUAUUCCUCUACUUUAG